AUGCCUCCAACGAUACCGUAUCAUUCUCCCCGUAGCGAGCCAAGCCCCGACUCUACUGGUGGAGCAGGCAAAUCUUCUAUGUCUUCUUCGCCUGAAGGCAUACGGGAUUUCGACAAGGCGAACAGUCGCAAACGAAAGUCCUCAGCUGAUGACGACGAUGACGACGACGACGAGGACACCCACCAACCCGUGAAGAAAACAGCUCACAAUAUGAUCGAAAAGAGAUAUCGCACCAAUCUCAACGAUAAGAUAGCAGCUUUGCGUGAUAGUGUGCCCAGUCUACGGAUCAUGUCGAAGAGUGCACGAGGCGAAGAUACCACAGAAGACCGAGAGGAGUUGCACGGCUUAACACCAGCCCAUAAAUUGAACAAGGCAACGGUCCUAAGCAAAGCCACUGAGUAUAUUCGCCAUUUAGAGAAGCGUAACUCGAGGCUUAUGGAUGAAAAUGCCGCAAUGCAGCAACGAAUUGCUGCUUUCGAGAAGCUCUUCAUGUCGGGGGCCAUGAACGGGGCAAUUAGCCCUCAUCAGCAACAUGCGCCACCCACACCUACCACAUAUCCUCCAGAGUCGACUACGUUCGCGCCCUCCCCUAUGGGCACGCCUGGUCGACAGGACCCUCAGGGCAUGAUUCAAGUCCCAGAUGAGAUGAAGCGUAUCAUUGCCGCACAGCUAGCCUCAGGACAACCCUAUGCAGUCCCACAACAGGCGUUUAGGCCCAAUCCCGCUCUAGUACGCCACCAACAAAUUCAGCAGCAACAGCAAAUGCAGGCGGGAGGUUGGCAGAAUGCUACCCCGUACUUCGGUAAAUUAAUGGUCGGUUCUUUGGCUGGUCUCAUGCUGCUAGAGGCUGUUCGCGAGAACGAGCAAAGCAACGAGACCCCCGAUGGUCGCGGUCUUUUCGCUCUACCAAUACAUCUGCUCAGGUUCCUCACAUCGAACUUGAAUGUCAAUUUCAUGGGAUAUUCAAUUAGUGGUGCCCGAGUUAUUUACUCCAUCAAGGUGGUAUUGUUGCUGUGUAGCAUCUGGUGGGCUCUCAUGCCGUCACUCAUGGAUUCGAAACCACCGAAUCCAAAGCAGUCAAAACAAAUCCCCGCCGCCCUGAAAGCAGCCCCAUCGCUCGCUUCACCCAUUCACGUGCGUCAACAGGCAUGGCUUACAGCGGUUCAAACUGUCUGGGUACCGCGUCACAAUUUCUUCUUAGAAGCUGCAGCCCUUGGUCUCAAGACUGUAAAGCUUAGCCUGAGAAACAUGAUUGGUGUACACGGGUAUCAAAUGCUAACAGGUCUGACCGAGGAUCAGGAGAUUGCUCGCGUCAAAGCUUGGGCCAUUGCUCUCGAUGCGCAAUUAGCUGGUGGCGAUGUUGAGAUCAGCAAGAGUCGGUUAACCCUAACACUGCUUGCCUCUGCUACACUCCCCACUACUCCCCUCCGUCUAAUGUUGAAGGCACUACACAUUCGUGUCCUGUUAUGGGAACUGGGCUUGAGUGGAGUAUCAACAGGAGUGCAAGUGAUUGCUGCGAAAGUAGCAAGAUCUAAGUGGAACGAAGCUAAGCAAUUGAACCGGCUCAUUACCCAAAUGCGUCGAAAUGGCCAGGAGACCGCAGAUGAUGACCUCCCCGAUCAUUUGGCAGCUUUGUUGGAGCAAGACUGCGACGAUGUUCUGAACGCCGCCAUCAUUCAACGAGCCCAUAACCUGGCUUGGAACCGUGCUACCGAGUACAAUGCAAUUGGCAGUAUCGAUGGCAUGGCCACCGUAAUUGAUGACGCUGCUGUCCGAUCACCCAUGGAUGCUGUAGCUGCCUGGUGGUCCAGUAUGACAUUGCACGGAGUCCUCACAACGAGCUUACUUGCUUCAAACGACGAGGGCGAGGAUAAUGAUGCCUCUCUACAUAUCGACCAUGAGGUGUCUCUCGCCAUUCGAACUGCACCAAUUGGAUCUGUCGCACAACAGCGUGCAUUGGUCACGCGGGCAUUACUCUCCGAUGAAAAGCGAAGCAUCAAUAUUGUUGCUGCUUUGCAAGCCAUCGGCCCGGUAACAGCAGUGCUCACAUCGAGUGAUGCCUCCGACUCGUCUAGCCCCGAAGCACCGACUACCCCAUUAAAGGAGUUACCAUCAUCUUUAGUCACUACAAACGAACUUCGCACCUCAUUACUGUGCGCCAUGGCUAUUGCUCAUCUCCAGAAAUACUCGCCUCCAGAUGAACCAGUCAACAUUUACGGUGUUAUCAGUCAAAUUCAGCCUGCACGUGAUAUGGGUCUCCUCGGCUACACGGCAGCCUACAAGCUAAUGGAUCGCCUUGCAAAACAUGAAUUUGCCGCCGAAGCCUGCGCUAGCACGCUCGAGCGACUUUCUGGACAUCUAAGAAUAUGGACAGGAAAGGAAUGCGCCCUUGAGCCCGAUAUUAGGCACCGAAUCGUUGGCCGAUGUCUUGCUGUGACUCGGGUCAUCGUUGGCAUGAAUUUCGACACUGAUACUGGGUACGGCAGCAUGAGUGAUACUGAAAGCGAUUACGGUACCAUAUCAGACCCAGAACCUGAACCAGAGGUAGAGGCAGAGCUAGAAGCAGAAAACGCAGCUGAAAUAGUAGAAGCUCCUUGUUGUGGUUGCGGCUCAUAA